GCGAAAUAGCCAAAGCAGCAAACAAAAGGGCAAUUUGAUGAAUGAGAAUUGGCUGGAAAGUAGCUGCCAAGCCAACGACAUGCACAACACAAACACAGACACACAUAUACAGAGCAAGAAGAACAAAACAAACACACUUUUGAGAAUCCACACACUUUCAUGCCUGCUCGCUCUCCAUUUCAUAUUUAUUCACUAUCUGUUCUUCUACUUGUUGACCCUUUAAUCUCUAUACCUCUCUCUAAGAGGAGCUGGAGAUGGAGCUGGGUUUUGGUUUUGGCCUCCAUUAAACCUGGCCUUUCAAACUUUCUUGGCGUUUUCUAUUAAUUGUUCUUCUGAUUUGUUUCUUUCUAGGGAAGGAUGGGCACCCAUUAAAGUUUUUCUCCUCCUCUGCCUUCAAAUCUUCUUGGGAUUCUUGUUGUUUUCUUGUGUGGGUUGGGGUUCAGCUGCCAUGAAGUUGUUUUUCAGGUUGUGUUUUGUAAUCUUCGUUGGAAUUUGUUUCUGUUGGUUGUUGAGGGUUCUGUUGUUCAGAACGGGGUUGAUUUUCCUCCUCAAGAAAUGGUGCAGAAUUCUACAAGAUUGUUUCCAUGUUUAUCAGUCUUUCAGAAUACCAGAAUUCAAUGAAACUUCUCAGCACAAUCAUCUUUACAGGAAAGUCUCUGCUUAUCUUAGUUCUUUGAAUGCUCUCGAGGAUUCCGAUUUCACCAAUCUCAUCACCGGAAAGAAGCCUAAUGACAUACUUCUCCGCCUGGAUUCCAAUCAGACGGUGGAGGACAAUUUUUUGGGGGCCAAAGUGUUUUGGACGAAUCAAGAAAUUGGUAGCAGAAAUUUUGUGUUGAAGAUUAGAAAGGCGGAUAAGCGCCGAAUUCUCCGCCCUUAUCUUCAGCACAUUCAUACCCUAACUGCCGAUGAGAUUGAGCAGAAGAAAGGGGAUUUGAAGCUGUUUAUGAAUUCGAAACCUAAUAAUCAGUCAGAUACAAGAUGGACAUCGAUUCAAUUCAAACAUCCAUCUACUUUCGAUUCAAUUGCUAUGGAAACAGAUCUCAAAGACAAGGUCAAAUCCGAUCUCGAAUCGUUUCUCAAAUCCAAACAAUAUUACCACAGAUUAGGCAGAGUUUGGAAACGAAGUUACCUUCUAUACGGCCCUUCAGGGACUGGAAAAUCCAGCUUCGUUGCCGCCAUGGCCAAUUUCCUCUCCUACGAUGUUUACAAUAUCGACCUCUUCAAAGUCUCCGAUGACUCUGAUUUCAAGUUUCUUCUGCUACAGACAACAAGCAAGUCAAUAAUCGUUGUCGAGGAUCUCGAUCGGUUUCUGAUGGAGAAAUCUUCGGCGUCGAGCGUAACGGCGCUGAUGAACUUCAUGGACGGAAUAUUGACAUCGUGUUGUGCGGAAGAGAGAGUGAUGAUUUUCACCGUCAAUAGCAAGGAACAGGUCGAACCGACUAUUCUCCGACCGGGCCGAAUCGAUGUUCACAUCCAUUUUCCACUCUGCGAUUUCUCCGCUUUCAAGAAUCUCGCAAUCAACUACUUAGGCGUCAAGGAUCACAAAUUGUUUCCUCAAGUCGAAGAAAUUUUCCAUAACGGCGCGACUUUGAGCCCGGCCGAGAUCGGCGAACUGAUGAUCACGAACCGAAACUCGCCGAGCCGAGCAAUUAAAUCAGUCAUCUCAGCAUUACAAACCGACGGCGAGCGGCGGAGAGUCGGCCACAUCGGACAACUGCUAAGCGACAGCGGGUCGAGGCAGUCCGCCGCGGAAUCCGUCGAAUCGAGCGGCGUAUUCAAACCCGAAAACAAUCACACCGGAAAAGAGUUCAGAAAAUUGUACGGGCUUCUGAGGAUGAAAAGCAACAAAAUUUCUCAGUCGUUGGAUUCAUCUCCAUUGUACAAAGUGAGAUGAUUUUGAACACGUGGCGGAAUCGUAAUGGAGGAUUUAAUAUACAGCCAUGGAUUCGCAUGCACUGGAUCUGCAGCGCUUCAUGCUAAGUUCUGUAGAUAGGAAGAUUAUUGUUACGAUGAAAAAAAUCUUUAUUUAAAAAUU